CCGCUUCUCUCUCAUCCAUCUUUCAUCAUCCAGUAUCUCCGCCGGUGACGACGACGACGCUACUGUUCUUCUUCUGUUUCAUCUAAUUCUCUUUAUUCAAGGCCAGUGUAGCAUAUUGGAACCGAUUUUUUUCUCUUCGUCGCUGGGCGCUUCCAUUACAAACCCUUCCUUCCUCCAGAUUCCAUGGGACAGACGACUUCCAGGAACCGGACUCCGUUACAGUCGCCUGAUACAAACGCCUCUACCGGCAUCGAUGUCCCUCCCAGCACCCCAGAAACACAGUCUGACGAUGUUCCAGACAACAAUCAGCCAUCCGCGCCAUCCAACAACUCUCCGACAUCCAAGGCGUCUCGCCGCUCAGCUCGCUCUGCCGUUCGCAAGAGUAUCCUGAACCUCGUGAAGCCACGUUCAUCGCACUCCGAAGGGUCUAGUGAGCGUCCAGGCUCUAAUACACGCAAAUCAUGGCGAGCGUCUAGGCGCUGGUCAAAAACACCGCCAUCUUUGACUCCAGAUAUCGAUUCCUCUCCGAGCGCGUCGUCGGCCAGUGGUGCGCUGUCAUCUGUCCUUGACAAGAACAGGGACCCUGACUCGCAGCCAUCCGAACCUUUGACGUCGCCCUCUCUCGACUCACCAGCAGCCACUGGAAGUUCCAGUCCACUGGAUCCGGAUCGGGAGGAUAGGCAUAGCACUACGUCGCCGCCUGUGUUCAACAAUGCGCCAGAAGACGAAGUCAUUAUCAGCCCCGACCAUUUCGCUUCCUCGCAAGACGUUCCGGACGUUCCGCAAGAUGUAUCGCCCUCACCCACUAUCGGCCCCGCAGAUCAAUCAUCACCUGGACAGACUUCUCCAUCACCUGCACGACAGUUCCCCCCUCCAGGAACGCUCGUUGUGGUACAAGGUGUCGUACAUACGACCGAUGUACCUAGGCCUGAUGUCGCCCCAUCCUUCGUUCCGCCCGAUCUUCCUGAAGCACCGAUGAUGACUCGUCGAGGAGCGUCACUCUCUCGUUCGUCCACUUCCGUCAAUCAGGAGCGUCCAGCGAGGAACAGAUUGUCUGCGCUUCUUCGGUCGCGGCCUCCCAGCAUGGUGUCCACAAAUUCUCCCUCUGUCACUCCAAGAGACGGUGAUCCACAUACAGCGGAAGUAUCAACAUCAACCCCAGAACCUAAUGAUACACAACCACCACCACCGCCGCCACCACCGCCGCCACCUCCACCUCCACCUGAAGCAGAACCCUUUGAACAACGUCCCCCUGGUGCUAUCUCUUCCAGUAGCAUUGAUGUGCUUGGAACUCUUCUAAGCGUCGCAGCAGCUGCCACGGCUGCUUCAUUGCUCACAGGGUCAUCGGAGCCUAUACUCUCCUCAGGCCUCACCCCUCCAGCACCAAAUGCAUCUACUACAGACCCAGAUACGUCCCUUCGGCCCAACUCACCUACUCCAACUGCCGGCUUAGCGGAUACUAUGACCGGCCGAAGUGAACGUAUGAGGCAGGCCUGGGCCAACAUUCGGGAACGAUUCGGUCUUCGUACACCGACUCCGUCUCCAGGGCCUCAGGUGCUGGAUCGGAGCGACCAGGGAGAUGAGCUUCCGCAGGCGUUACCCGAUGCUUCACCGCCAGAUGCGAGAGAGCGAAUGUUCGCGGAGAUGGCCCGUGCCUUUAAUACAGGACUGGGUAUGCCAUCGGAUUCUCCGCAGCGUACGGAUGAAGGCGCAUCAUCGACCCAGGGCUCAGAAAGCCCCACCAUCAAUGUCACUCCUCACUUACCAGCAGAAGGCACCUUUGAGCGGUUUUUGAUCGACUUGCAAACCGAUCUGCGGUCCACACUGACGCAACAAGCACAGCAGGUACCAGAGGGAGCUCCUGCUCCCGAUUCGGAGCCACCGCCUCUGGAACCGUUAGGAACAGAACUUAAUUCUAUGACCUCUCCUACCAGCGAUUCGGAACUCUUACCUGUUGCUGCAGAAGCACCUCAGACACACAGAGACACUGUAGGAGAGAGUGAAAAUCACAACGAUAACAUGCCUGAACUGCAAGACGUCUCUGACUCGGAUUCUGAAUUCAGUAAUGAUUCCGAUUCUGAAAUGGCACAUCCCCCUCGUCGUUCACCUUCGAUUACCGCUUCUUCUUCACAUCGGCCCCAACCUCUCACACAGGGUGACAACUGGACAAUGCCCACACUGCCGAGCACCGCUGGGUCUGCCGCUGAGGCCUCGCGGCCAGAGGGUCCUUCUGGCAGAAUUAAUUGGUGGAGACUAUACCGUUUCCCCCCAAUCCUUGCACCUCGUGGUAGCGGUGCUGUAGAGGUCAACUUGCGCUCGCAACCAAACCCCCUGCUUGCUUCUACACCAUCCGUUCAACUCCCAAUGCCAGAAACGACAUCACCCCGCCCUGCCUCGUCACCGACGGCAUCCGACGCCGCGCCCUCUCCCACACCUUCAGAAACGGGGCCGAACAUCGUCGUUCCUGUCAUCGUAGUUGGUUUGCAGUCUGUGCAGAUGAAUUGGCGGCAUAAUGCCCAGGCCUCACCCUCACCGGCGGAGCCUGUUGAUCCUGCGGAGCUUGACGUUUUCCAGCAGCAGGGCGACGAAAACGAUGGUAGAAUGCCUGAGGCGGGUGUCGACGGUUUGAAUACCGGUGCGGGUGGACCCUCUCUACCGUCUGAUACGACUCGCGGUCGUCGAUGGCAUGCUCGUGCAGCCAGUGCGUUGCGAAACUUGCGUUCGGGACGUAGGACGCAUGUACACGGCGUUGCUUCCGAUGUUGAUGCUACAGGAUCUCGCACUUUCUUGAUUUAUGUCAUCGGAGGGUAUUAUCCUCCGGAUCAUAGUAUCGUAACCGGUGAACCUAAUAACUUUGAUUCCUUUGAGGCGUUGUUGGAUUUGGCCGAGCUUCUGGGACAAGUCAAACCGCCGACGGUUUCAAAGGAAGAAAUUGAAAAAUCUGGCUUGGAGGUUAUCAAGUCGACUCGCCUUGCUGAAUAUGAGCGAGGUGGCAAAAUAUCAUCCAACUGUAUUGACAGGUGCCUCAUCUGCCUGGAUGAUUAUGUACCCGAAGAUGAUGUACGAGUCAUGACAUGUCGGCAUGCUUUCCAUCAGAAGUGUGUCGAUAUAUGGCUGCAGACGGGUAAGAAUAAUUGCCCGGCGUGCCGUGGGAUGGGUGUGCCCACGGAAGCUCCGGAUCCUCAGCCAGACGUAACGACACAAUAAUCUUGCAUCUUCUAUUCCACCACUCCUUGCCUCCUGCCAUGUAUUUCUCACACCAUGUCUGCAUCUCCUUUUUAGUAUAGUCCUCGCCUUGCUUUUCUUCAUGUUUGCUUGAUGUUCUCUGACAAUUGUACCGUACCGUAAUACAGACCAAAGAAAAUCAAUACAUAGAAUGGACCAGAACGAUAUUUACUCGGGGCGUAAGAAG